GCACACAUUGUACGCAGCAUUUCCAGCCUAGGCCGUACGAACAAAGCGCGGAGUAUACGUAGGCAUGUCCGCUGCGGGCGACACGGAGGUGCAGGGCUUGUACCGCGACUGCGGGGUGCUCGUCACCGGGGCGACGGGCUUCUUGGGCAAGCUGACCAUAGAGAAGAUCCUCCGCAGCUGUCCCGGCGUCAGGACGGUGUACGCGCUCGUGCGCCCCAAGAGAGGUAUCUCCGUGGACCAGAGGAAGAAGAUCGUGCUGGAUAAUGUGGUGUUUGACCGCAUGAAGCGUGAGCGGCCAGACUCGGUGGACAAGAUAGUGUUCGUGGCUGGAGACUGCUCUAGUCCUCGCCUGGGCCUCAGUGACUCGGACUACCACCACCUGACCCAACAUGUCAACAUCGUGCUGCACCUGGCCGCCACGGUCAGGUUCGAUGAGCACUUGAAGGUGGCGGUGGACACCAACGUGAAGGGCACCAUGGAGGUCAUCGCCCUCUGUCACGACUGCGUCUCUCUCAAGGCUGCAGUGUUCGUGUCUACGGCCUACUCCAACUGUCCACAAGACGUGAUUAAGGAGGAGUUCUACGAACCACCCAUGUCAGUGGAAGAGACACUCGCUAUGCUGAACAAGUUCACUGAACAUGAACUGGCCAUCUUGAGUCCAAAGUUGAUUGAACCUUGGCCGAACACAUACGUUUUCUCCAAAGCGAUUGCUGAGAAUGUUGUCUUGACACAAAGAAAAGACUUGCCAGUCGCCAUCGUAAGACCAUCUAUGGUUAUUUCUACGUUGAAGGAACCGAUCAUGGGUUGGGUGGACAACAUGUACGGCCCGAUUGCAAUUGCAAUUGGAGUCGGCCUUGGAAUGGUACGUGUGAUCUACAGCAGUGAAGAAGUGAUAAUGGAUAUCAUUCCUGCUGAUAUGGUCACCAACUGUGUAAUUGUAUCGGCUCUUGCAACGAACACUGGGUCACAAGAUGAUAUCCCUGUGUACAACGUAACCACAUCUGAAAUCAACCCAGUGACUGUUGGGGAAUUCGGAAUAACACUGAUAAAUAUGAUCCAUGAAUAUCCAUUCAAAAGAGCUGUAUGGUACCCGUUCUACUACCUCAUCAAGAACUUCUACGUCUACAUGUUCCUCAACUUCUUCCUGCACUUCCUGCCGGGGUGUCUACUGGACCUGGUGCUUCGCCUUAAGGGGAAGAAGCCAAUGAUACUUAAAGCCUACAGGAAAAUAUUACAGCAUUCUCUAAAUAUUAUUCACUUUUCACGGGACUUUACAUUCAUCAGUAAGAACUUCAAGAAUCUCUACGAGGAGCUAUCUUCUCAAGACAAAGAGCUGUUUGCUUUCGACACGAAAGAGAUAAACUGGAAUUCAUUAUUUAAAGAUUGCGGCAGAGAAGCGAGGAUACAUUUGCUGAACGAGUCAUUGGAUUCUUUUGAUGAAGCAAAGUCUCACCAACGAAAGUUUUUUAUGGGUCACACACUGAUGAAGAUAAUACUGUUCGGUAUUUUACUUUAUGGAUUCAUAAGAACUUUAAAUUUUUUUGCAUUAUUUAAAUGGAAUUAUAUAAAUUUAUGAUUAUUGUAGAAAGGGAAAAAAUAUUUAUUUUUAAGAACAAUUUUAUAUUAUUCUUGAUGUAAACACUAAACUAAAAAAAAAUUACAAUUUUCGUUUAUCUUUGUAACUCCUGUUGUAUAUAAAUUUUCAAAAUAAAUCUUAUAAGUUAAGUCUGCCGAACACAAA